AUGGGUUCGGUGGACUUAUGGGUCUUGCUCUUGGAAGAUGGUGGAAAGUGGUCGACUAAAUCUCUCGUUUUUCAGCCUUGUCAGAGGCAUUUAGUUGGUAGAUACAUGUCAUUGCAUGUACAUGGUACUACUCAACACGGCGAGGUUAUCUUGGCCCCGUUUAAAUUGGUUUCCCCUUAUUACAUUCUCUAUUAUGAUGUGCAACAGAAUGACUUGAGAAAGGUUGGAAUCAGAGGAAUACCGGACCACUGGUUUGGUAAGCGUGACAAGGUUUACACCACCUUGAGUUUUUAUUUCAGUAUUAUGGAUACCAGUGAAAGCAUCAUGCACUUGAAAUCUUAG